UCGGAGAGAUGCACGAGCUGGCCAGAAGCCAGCGGGGCCAGCCUUUGGCACCGGCUCCGAGGCGGCCCCGUCGCUCUCGUUUCCUAACUUGACGGCCCCGGCAUCAGAAGGCUUGAGCUUCCCUCCCCACUCCCCCGGCCACAACUUUUGCAACCUGGAGGGCUCGAGAGGCACCAGCCCGGGAGAAGCCCGCGGAGGAGGAAGGCGGCGGCGCUGGGCUGGGCGCAAGAGGCGGGAGCCGGGGAGCCGCUCCCGUCGGCGCCGCUUCCUAAGGGAGGCCGCUGCCGCUGCGCCCGCCUCCUUCGCUCCCUCCCUCGGCUCUCUCGCCCCGCCGGGCUGCAACCGCACAAGCCCGCGCGCACGCACUUCGCCGCCCGCCGCCAGUGUGGGAAUGCGGCCGCCGCUGCCGCCGCCGCAGCCCGGAGCUACGGGCUUCCAGGGGCUCUGACGGGGGCACAUGCCCCGCGCCGCCCGCCGCGUCCCCCUCGCCCCACCGCGCCGGGAAAGCACCGCGGCAUGGAGGAGCCGCCGGCAACAGCGCGCCGCCUGGCCAGCCGUCCCCGGGCGGGUUGAGGCGCCCCAGAAGAAACAUUUGCUGUUACCAAACCUCUAGAUCUAUGUGACUUGGCUAGAGAAACCAUGACUGAAGUCCUCUGGUCAGCUGUCCUUAAUGUGACUGAGACUCACUUGCUGGCUAGCAGUGGAUGGACCCCGGGCAACGUGACCAGCAGAUGCGCACUGACCAAAACUGGUUUUCAGUUCUAUUACCUUCCUGCCGUCUACAUCGUCGUCUUCAUUACAGGAUUCCUGGGCAACAGUGUGGCAAUAUGGAUGUUUAUCUUCCACAUGAGGCCUUGGAGCGGCAUCUCGGUUUACAUGUUCAACCUGGCACUUGCUGACUUCUUGUAUGUCCUGACCCUUCCUGCACUGAUCUUCUAUUAUUUCAACGAAACAGACUGGAUCUUGGGAGACUUCAUGUGCAAGUUGCAAAGGUUCAUCUUCCAUGUCAACCUCUAUGGGAGCAUCUUGUUCCUCACCUGUAUCAGUGUCCACAGGUACACAGGUGUGGUAUAUCCCUUAAAAUCACUGGGAAAACUGAAAAAGAAAAACGCUGUUUAUAUCAGCACGCUGGUCUGGGUUAUUGUUGUGGCUGGUAUUUCUCCUAUCUUGUUCUACUCGGGGACUGGGCAAAGGAAAAACAAGACCAUGACUUGCUACGAUACGACGCAAGACGACUACCUGCGAAGUUACUUCAUUUAUAGCAUGUGUACCACUGUCUUCUUGUUCUGUAUCCCAUUCAUAUUGAUCCUGGGUUGCUACGGAUUAAUAGUGAAAGCGCUGAUUUACAAAGACUUAGACAAUUCUCCAUUGAGGAGAAAAUCGAUCUAUCUGGUUAUUAUAGUAUUGGCCGUUUUUGCUGUGUCUUAUCUUCCUUUUCAUGUGAUGAAGAACUUGAAUCUACGAGCCAGGCUAGAUUUUCAGACUCCAGAAAUGUGUGCCUUCAACAACAGGGUUUACGCCACUUACCAAGUAACUCGGGGGCUAGCUAGCCUCAACAGCUGUGUGGAUCCUAUCCUAUAUUUCUUGGCAGGAGACACCUUUCGAAGAAGGCUCUCCAGGGCAACCAGGAAGGCCUCGAGACGCAGUGAGCUCAACGUGCAGUCCAAAAGCGAGGAUAUGACUCUCAAUAUUUUAGCUGAGUAUAAACAGAAUGGAGACACCAGCUUGUGAAUGGAAUUUUUCUUUGCAAGCAACAGUGUUCUCCCUCCCUAACCAUACACUCACCUUCAUUUUUAACCCUUACGAAACUCUUUAAUUUCAUGCAUUCUCAAGGAACGUGUUACAAGUAGACAACACUUGUUUGUUUGGUUGUUUUUAAAAGAUGUGCUCUGUGCCCUUAGGACAAGCUUAAGCAAAAUGGAGAACACUGAUGCAGAGAGUCUUAGGCAACCUCUGUGAAAGGGUCAUUCGACCCCCACUGGUUGAGAACCGCUGCAUAAGACACAUGAAGCUACAGAUCAAGCUGGAGAGCUAAUGUUUGUCCCUAAAGAGCAGCCACACCCCAGUCUUCCAGGAUCGGGUCAUCUAAAUACAGGAAGCUGCCUUAUACUGAAUCACAGCAUUUGGUUCAUCAGGAUGACAACUGUCAACUCAGACUGGCUGCAGCAUUCAGGCAGAGCUCUUUCGAAUCACCUACUUACUACCUAAUCCCUUUAACUGGAAGCAGAGGUGUAAUAAGGGGGGAAAGCGCCCAAUGCACUGGUGUGUCCUCUGCCCCGUCCCACCCCAGAAUGCCCCCACCACACCCCUGGAACACCCUCAUCACACCCCCACAGGAGCGUGUGCCCUGUGCGUCACACAUACCCCUUGACCCCUUGGAGCUACGCCUCUGACUGGAAGUGAUGGGAGUUGGACCUGGAACUGUCUGCAUACCAGGAAGAUGCUCUGCCUCUGAGCCACAGGCCCUUCUGGGGUCCAAGACUUUACAGUUUAAUGCUUAUAAUUCUUGCUGCCAGCACCAUUUCCCCAAUCUGAAGGCCUUUCUGGAGCUUUUUAAAGCCUUACACAAACCUAGGAAGUCACAUCACUGCUCUGCCAGAUGCCAUCGUAAACUUUGAUGGGCAGCAUUCUCUAAAUUUUCAGGCAGAGGUGCUUCAUAGCACCUAAUUAUCACCUAUUUCAUGACCCCUUUUUAACCAAAGAUGCCAGGGUCUGGAUCAUUUUUCAAAGCAAUGAAGGAACAGGGUGAACUCUGGCUUGAUGACAAACAUGUGCUUGCUUCUGUAUAAUGUUGUGCGAAAUUGCCAUGGCAUAUAGCUUGUUGUUAAGCUUGUUGUGUGUAUAUAUUAUGUAAUUAAAAAGAAAAGAUAAAUCUAUUCAUUAA